CCUCCCCCCAGCCUCCACUCCUCCCAGCCUCCCCCCAGCCUCCACUCCUCCCAGCCUCCCACCAGCCUCCACUCCUCCCAGCCUCCCCCCAGCCUCCACUCCUCCACACCCACCACUGGACACACCCAGGCUAAUGUACAUGUCACAUCAAGCACGAAUAAAACGACGACCAAUGCCAUUUCGGAGUUUUGGCUGAGGCCGGGGGAGGUGGGGGGCCUCACAUGCCCCUCCCUGCCAACGGCCACUUGGGGAAGCCUGUGAUUGGUGCAGAGCCGCAGCAUGUGAUUAGUGCAGAGAGAAGAACGCCAGAGCUGGCCCUGUUACGUGGAGGUGUGAAGGAGGGAGAAGAGCAUCACAGGGCUGACAACACCAACCUGACAGAGCUGAUGCAGGAGAAGGAGGAGAAGAAGGAGUGGGAGAAGGAGGAGGGGAAGGAAAAGAGGAAGGAGGAGAAGGAGGAGGAGAGGGAGAGAGAAGUGAUCUGCAUGUCUGACCUGUCAUCUGCCGUUACGGAGUCAAAGGUUGACAAAGCCGAAACAAAUGACUGCAGAGAGAAAUUGCUCAGGGAGGGGGAGGAGAGGGGGAGGGGAGGGGGAGGGGAGGGGAGUGAGACCACAGAGGUGUCACCGUCGUCCGUGACUACAGACACGUCAGCAGUAGGGGACGGCAAUAAAGACGUAGCCGCAGCAACGGCGCCACCUCCUCCAUCCCAUAAUGACAGGUCCAGCCCGGCACAUAACUCCAGACCCCCAUGUUCUGGAGGACAGACGUGUGAAGCUGCGAAGGGCUCCGGGUUGACCUCCCCACCACGCUUGCAGUCUAGAGAGACCCAUGUCACUACAACGACCCCUUCCUCUCAUGGCCCGGCCUCCCCAGUCCCCUCUCCACAGUGCUUCCCGCUCGCGGCUCCAGCAGGCCCAGCCUCUCCACAGUGCUUCCCGCUCGCGGCUCCAGCAGGCCCAGCCUCUCCACAGUGCUUCCGGCUCGCGGCUCCAGCGAGCGGGGGCCUGGGCUUUCCCUCCCCUCCCUGGGAGGACCCACCUGCGGAAGAGACCUCCCAGGGGACUGCGGCUCCCUCCAACACGGUACCCAAGGCAACGGCCGUCCUAUCAUCGGAGAAGGAGACGGCCGCCGCAGAAGGGCGCACGAAUAAGAAGGCCUCUGGUUCGAAACCCCCUGACACGUCUUCUGACAGCCGUCUUCAGAACAGGUCGCAGAGCGAUUCCUCCACCCCCUCCUCCACCCCCUCCACCUCCACCCUGCCCAGGCAUCCACACAUCCAGCCCGCCUGUGGGGCUGUGCCAGCGGGCUCCAGCCCCCCGCCAGCCCACCCCCUGGCCUCAGCCCCCAGGGCCCCGCUGGAGGCUCCUCUCUACCGGGAGACUAGCACCAUGACCUCCCCCGCCACUGCCCCCUGCAGGCACAGUGUGGAGGUGCAGGCCGUGGCCCAGGUCUGCAGCCGGGCGGUCGCCACCAGCCCCAGCCUGCUGCCCCUGCCCGCCUCCCACAGGCCCGGCGGGGGGGCCGCCUUGAGAGAGAACCUUGCAGUGGUGUUGCAGACUGACAGCAUCUCCACCCAGAUCCACAUGGGCCUGGCGGUUGCCUCUGGGUGUGAGAGGCUGGGCAGCCUGGAGGCAGGGGAGAGGCUGGGCAGCCUGGAGGCCGGGGAGAGGCCAGACCCCCUGCAGGGGGAGGCCGGGCUUGGAGCCAAGCCCAAGGACUCUGGCUCGGCGCUAUGCAACAUCCAGAGGGUUCCACUCCCCCCGCUGCAGCCGGUCUACCAGAUCAACAUCGAGACCUGCAGCCGAAGCGAGCCAGCGACGGUAUCCCAGGGCAGCAAGGCGGCGGAGACGGCUGCCGUGACGACAGAGUCGGCGGACGGCCACGCCGUUAAAUCUCCAGCCUCAGGUUUAAAAUCCCCGCCGUCAGCUGCAAGCGUAGGGCCACCGUCCCAGACCACCCAGACCUCUGCUGCUGCUUCAGUUGGCCACCACGCUCUCUCCCCGGCUCCAGGGACCACCACGAAGGAGGAGGCGUCAGAACACAAGACGAGCCGGGCUGAGGACAAGAACCAUGACAAGAAGUCCCAGAGUAGAGGGCCGCCGGCAGGGAAGAGCGCAAAAAGAGAGGAAGGAAAAACGCGGAAUCUGGGAAAGUUGGGAAAAGGGGGGAAGCAGAAACUUGAGAGGAAGAAGGAGGAGGAGGAAGAGGAGGAGAAGAAACAGAAAGGGAAGAACGUUCACGAAGUGCUCUGGGAUGAACAGGGGAUGACCUGGGAGGUGUACGGGGCGUCUGUUGACCCAGAGUCCCUCGGCUUUGCCAUCCAGAGCCACCUGCAGUGCAAGAUCAAGGAGCAGGAGAAGAAGAUUCUGGUCCAGACCUCGCUCAGGAAGUCCAUCUCUGCCGUGGACUCUCCCCCGGUUGGGCGCAGGAAACACAAGAGGCGGCAGCACAACGUUUUCAGGUCGCUCCUGCAGAGCGUCCGUCGGCCCAACUGCUGCGCUCGCCCUCCCCCCUCCGCUGUUCUGGAGUGAGGCACCCUCCCCCCUCCGCUGUUCUGGAAUGAGGCACCCUCUGCCCUCCGCUGUUCUGGAGUGAGGCGAUGCAACAUGACAAGAUGCCACCAGAACUGCCCGGUGUUCCCUGCUCUUCAAGCCACACUGCGUGGAGGGCACAGCCCUCAGACACACUGGUGCCAGAUGAACUUCUUGGUACACAAGUCCUCUUAGACAGUUUGGGGUUGGACAAGGAGGACAAGGUAACAGUUAAAAAAAAAGAACUAAAAAAAUGAAAAGGUAAAACAGCUGUCAAAAACAUUUUUUAGAAAUAGAUUAUACUGAAAUGCUAAGAGAGAGAGUACACGUUCUACCAGUAUUUAAAAUGAGAAAUGGCAAUAAUAAUAAUAUUGUUAGUGAAAUGCAUGUGUGUUAGUUUCUUCCUCUAUAAAGUGUGGUCUGAUGCAACAAUAGCAGGGUCGAAAUGCUGUUUAAAAAUCAGUUCAGAUAUCUGAUCCUACCUACUCCAAUGGAAUAACUGGGCUUAUCCCAAACAAUCUAAACACUUAUUUGGCACAAGCAAGCACCGAAAUACUUUCAAAUAGUAUUUGACCCAGAUCUGCAGAGUAUCAUCCACGGCUCUUGCCCUUGGUUGGGAGUCACUGUCAGAAAAUCACUCCUUACCUUUUACAGAAUCUUGUACUAAACAACAUAAUAUCAACAUUGACUUCUCAGUGCAGUGGUUGCAU